AUGAUACCACAAGGUGGUACUCGAUCCAUACGUAAAAAACGAAAUAUACAGCUAAAGCUUGAAAGUUCUCCAGUUGUCUCGUCACCAACAAAGACUGGUCCAGACGAUGCAAGAGAAGGUCUGGCUCAACGUAUUACAGAUCUUGAAGUUGGGUUGGAAUUUAGAUUGGAUUUAAAAUCUGAAGAUUUGAAGCAUUUGAAAGAACUUGGAGCAGGCAAUGGUGGUACGGUGUCGCAAGUUAUGCACAUUACCACCAAGACUUUGAUGGCAAAAAAGAUUAUUCAUAUUGACGCAAAUCCAAGUCUUCGCAAACAAAUUCUUCGAGAACUUCAAAUUCUUCAUGAUUGUAAUUCAAGAUAUAUUGUAUCAUUUUAUGGCGCAUUCAUGUCCGAUGCAGACAUUUCAAUGUGUAUGGAAUAUAUGGAUGUUGGUUCGCUUGAUCAAAUCUAUAAAAAGAAUGGACCUAUACCUUUAGAAAUAGUUGGCAAAAUCACGAUAGCAGUUUUAGAAGGCCUUAAUUAUCUUUAUGAAAGUCAUAGGAUCAUUCACAGAGGACAGAUCAAGAUUUGUGAUUUUGGUGUAUCAGGUCAAUUGAUUAAUUCUAUUGCCGAUACUUUUGUAGGAACAUCAAAUUAUAUGUCGCCAGAACGUAUUCAAGGUGCUACAUAUAGUGUUCGUUCUGAUGUUUGGUCGGUUGGCAUUACUCUGAUGGAAUUGGCGAUGGGUCGAUUUCCAUUUCCACCAGAUGGUAGUCAAUUGACUGUGUUGGAACUUUUGCAACACAUUGUAAAUGAGGCCCCACCAAAACUACCAGCUGGAGAAUUCCCAGAACACUUUGAUGACUUCGUUCAGAAAUGUUUGAUCAAGGAAGUAAGUGGUCGACCAUCUCCAAAUGAAUUGUUG